GCUUACUCUCCACUCCCUUCAUUGCCCAAUCGUCGAGUCAAAAUGGCCGCUGCAAUAAAGGCGAUCAACGCGAAGAUCCGUUCCAACAAGGUUCUGGACUAUGUCUGCUCUACACAUUUCUGGGGCCCCGUCUCCAACUUCGGUAUCCCCGUUGCUGCUGUGAUGGACACCCAGAAGGACCCUGAAAUCAUCUCCGGCCAGAUGACCGGUGCCCUUGUCAUCUACUCGGCAACCUUCAUGCGCUACGCCCUUGCCGUCUCACCCAAGAACUACCUCCUCUUCGCCUGCCACGCCAUCAACUUUUCCGCACAAUGUACUCAAGGAUACCGCUACCUCAACUAUUGGAAGUACGUUGCUUUUGAUACCGUGAACCCAUGACGGAAGGGGGUCAAGAAGCUAACGUCUAUUGUAACAGCUGGGGAGGCCGCGAGGCCAAGCUCGCUGCUGAGGCCGCUCAGCAGGGCAAGCAAGCCACCGAGGCCGGCGCAUAAACCCCAUUCGACAUUGCCGUGUGGCUAGGAAGACAGGAUGCCCGGUUUCUAUCAGUAGUAUAUUUAGACAUGACAAGAGACAAGUGGCCAAUGGAAGGCGAUCUGGGAAAGCACAGAUCAGAUCAGGUACAAGAGGGCUGGCCUCAUUCAACCUUAG